CGUAGUGAUUUGUCAAAAGUAUUAAUCAUUGGAGUUAUUUAUUAUUUUGUCAUUGUAAAAGAUAAAGCAAAAUGGAAAGAGUUGUGAUUUUUGGUUCUACUGGUAUGACCGGAGUUUGUGCGGUGGAAGCUGCAGUUAAUAAAGGUCUGAAUGUCCGAGCGUUCGUAAGAGACCCAUCUAAGUUGCCAGACCACCUGAGAAAUAGUGUAGAAGUUGUAAGAGGCGACGUUCUCAAUUAUAAUGACGUCCUGAAUGCCAUCAAAGAUGUGACUGCUGUCGUCGUAGUACUGGGCACAAACAACGAUUUAAAGCCCACCACAGUCUUGAGUAAAGGUGCCGAAAAUAUUGUCAAGGCGAUGAAAGAGCUCAACGUCGAAAUUAUAUCCGUAUGCCUUUCCGCAUUCUUGUUUUAUGAGCCGGAUAAGGUUCCCCCAAUGUUCAAGGAUUUGAAUGCUGAUCAUCAGAGAGAGUUUGAUGUAAUUAAAUCGUCAGGCUUGAAAUAUAUUGCUGUACUUCCCCCCCACAUUGCUGAUCAGCCCGGAAGUGAUUACCAAAUCCAACACGACGCUUCUCCAGGACGAGUCAUCUCCAAGCACGAUCUUGGUAGAUUCCUUGUAGACUGCUUAACCCAACCAGAGCAUUAUGGAAAAAGAUGUGGUAUUUGUACUAAACACUAAAUCAGAGGUGGAAUUUCAGCUGUGGGACCAUAACAGAGAUGAGAAGCCAAAAAUAUAUUAUUUACGUGAUAUGUUAAAGACAACAAUAAUCAUAAGCUUAGUGAGGCAGCUUUUGUAGGCUGAAUUCCAUGUAGUGAUAAAUGUAUUUCAAUGUAAACCUGCAUAUGCAAAUGGUUGUUGUUAUAGUUAUUUAAAAAUUAUGCGGACAAGGAAUUUUUUAAUGAAAUAAGUAUAAAAAUAAAUAUUUCGUUGAAUUCAUUAUAUCAUAUAAUUGUUAGUUUGUUAGUUCAUUAGUAUGGCAUAAAUUUAUAAUCAUUUAGUGCUGUAUAUUUUUGGAAAUAAACUUUUGUUAUCUUA